AUGGCGGAGGACCGCCCAAUUACUGCCAAUGCACGUUGGGUCACUUUCCUGUACGGGACACAUGGCAUUGUGUUCGACACUUUACAAAACAAGCGGAAGGCUCGGGAGAAUAAGGAGGAGGAAGAGGAAUAUGAACAGCCUAUAUCUAAAAGGGUACGAAGAAGUAAGGCGAAGAAGAUAAAGGAAGAGGAAGAGGAAGAGGAAGAGGAAUAG